UUCGAGGUUUUUGUUUAUCAUUCUGAAUCUGGGCGGAAGUCGACGCAGAUUUUGGCGGUUUAUGUUCCGCGAUCCGAACUCUUAAAGAUAACGCAAAUUAAAAAUAUAAUUAAAGUCUAGACUGGAAAUAUUGGCGUACGUGCCGGCGGUUAGUGACCUAUUUUUAUGUUAAUCAGCGGCAUUUUAAUUAGAAUCCCGGUCCCCUUGUGGAGAAACUUUAUGAUUGUUAGUGAAAUCGCGACGAAGCGUUAUGUCGGUGGCACCAUCUCGCGCUGGUAGCCGCAUGCAACAAUACGAAGACUCCACGGGUCAAGAAGAAGCCGGUAGUCAUCCGUCAGAUGGCACUGCGAAAAACGGCGACGGGGAUCGUGAGGAUGAAGCGACGCCGACGCCUGACGUUCCGACGCCCGCAACGCCGCGUGCCGAAAAAUCCGGGAACAAUCUCAGUUCGGGGUUGAACGCCGGGAAUAACGGCGUACACCGCGGCAACCAUAACAAAGUGGACGACGACAGCGACGAAGAAGAAGAACACGACGUGCCAAACGGAGGCGGCGGAGUUGGCGGGGGAAGUUUUUGGAGGCAAACUGGGGCAGCUUCGAGACCGGUCACACCGCCCUCUAUGGCCGAUAAUGCCAGCGACGCUUCUUCUAUGGUACCGGCGCCUUCCAGACCCAAAAGUCGCAACGAAAUGGCGACGAGCAGGUAUUCAAAUUUGUCAUACUGGAAAGCGCGACGUAUACUGUUCUACAAAAAUGGCGACCCAUUCUUUCCUGGGGUCGAGUUUCGUUUCAAGCCGGGACGCGACAUUGUCAAUCUUGAGUCCCUAUUGGACAAGCUCUCCCUCAGGAUGGAUCUACCGAGGGGUGCCAGAUACGUAUUUUCCAUGGACGGCGACCGAAAAUAUAGACUGGAUGAGUUAGAGGACGGGGCUUCAUAUGUAGUGUCUUCAUACAAAACUUUUAAGGCUGCGAGUUACGGAAAGAAAAAUGGGAUUUGGUAUGCUGCACCAGGAGGUCAAGGCUGGAGUAAAGCGACCAGCCGGAAAGCCUCCAUAGUGGAAACCGACGCUCCUCCACCAGGAGGUGGCGCUACCAUUAAGCCAAGUUCCGGGCGUGUUAUUAGGAUAAUUAAUAAUAUGGACCAUACUGUACAGUGCCGAGUGUUACUAAAUUUACGCACCUCGCAACCUUUUGAAGAGGUUCUGGAAGACUUGGGUCAAGUACUAAAAAUGAACGGAGCUAAACGAAUGUAUACGGUGUCCGGUCAAGAAGUGCGAAGCUUUUCCCAACUUAGGAACGAGUUCGCCGACGUGGAUACUUUUUACCUCGAUACUUCUCCAGGGGUCGGCACAGUGGUGAACGCACCGCCGGUAGGUGUAAUGCUUUCCCCGGUGAGGAGGGGACGAUCGAGAGGUCCCCAAACUGCCAUCGUAGAAGAUAUAAGCAAGCAACGCCGGGCGAGAAGUAAAAGCAGACCUCGGGCGCUUUACGCACCUGAAAAUGAAAUUAUCAGGACCAACGAUUACACAUUAUUGGAAGUAUUGAAAGAGGAGCCCGUACGGGUGACUGUAAAGGGACUACGACGCACUUUUUAUCCCCCCAUUCAUCAUGCGCCAAUGGAUAACACGCCACCAGAGAAAAAAAUGAUGCUGGAAUGGGUAUACGGGUAUAGGGGGACAGAUUCCAGGAAAAAUUUAUGGGUGCUUCCAACUGGUGAAUUGCUUUAUUUCGUGGCCGCUGUUGCAGUAAUGUUCGAUAGGGAUGAAGAGACACAAAGACAUUAUAUAGGACAUACUGAAGACAUCCAGUGUAUGGAUUUGCAUCCAUCAAGAGAGAUGGUGGCGUCAGGUCAGAGGGCUGGAAGGAAUAGAAAAACUCAAGCGCACAUAAGAAUAUGGAGCACGGAGACGUUACAGACGUUGUACGUUUUCGGAAUGGGCGAAUUUGACGUUGGAGUGGCCGCUGUCGCUUUUUCGCAAUUGAAUGGAGGAAGUUACGUCCUAGGAGUUGAUGCGGGAAGAGAGAGCAUUCUUUCGGUUUGGCAAUGGCAGUGGGGCCAUUUGCUCGGAAAAGUUGCGACUUUACAAGAAGAAUUGACUGGCGCUGUCUUCCAUCCAUUGGACGAUAACCUCAUGAUAACUCACGGAAAGGGCCACCUUACGUUUUGGAAUAGGCGAAAAGAUGGCUUUUUUGAACGAACUGAUAUAAUCAAACCGCCGUCUAGGACACUUAUAACCUCUCUACAGUUCGAACAAGACGGCGACGUCAUCACGGCAGACAGUGACGGUUUCAUAACGGUUUACAGCGUCGACGCCGAUGGGGCUUAUUUCGUGAGAAUGGAAUAUGAGGCCCACAACAAAGGUGUAGGGGCCCUGGUGAUGCUCUCAGAGGGCACUUUGCUCUCGGGAGGUGAAAAAGAUAGGAGGAUAGCGGCAUGGGAUUCAUUGCAGAACUACAAGAAGAUCACGGAUACAAAGCUUCCGGAACUAUUCGGGGGCAUUAGGUCAAUAUAUCCGCAACGACCUGGACGAAACGAUGGGAACAUAUAUGUGGGUACAACUAAAAAUAACAUCCUCGAAGGUUCUCUCCAAAGGCGAUUUAAUCAGAUUGUUUUCGGACACGGCAGACAACUUUGGGGUCUUUCAGUUCAUCCGGACGACGAAGUAUUCGCGACGGCAGGUCAUGACAAAAAUAUUGCACUAUGGCGAAAAAAUAAACUUAUAUGGACAACUCAGGUAUCUUUCGAAUGCAUAUCUUUAAGUUUUCAUCCAUUUGGUGUCGCCCUGGCAACCGGUAGCACAGAAGGGCACUUGAUAAUAAUCAACUCCGAAUCGGGUACCAUCGUAAAUACAAUAAGAGUAUGUGGAUCGCCGUUGAAUUGCGUCGGUUUUAAUCCAACUGGCGAUCUGAUUGCCAUAGCUUCGCAGAACGGAAGCAUUUAUCUAUUUCGGGUGAGUCGCGACGGUUUCUCCUACAAGAAAUCAAACAAGAUCCGGGGCUCGCAGCCUCUAAUGCAGAUGGACUGGAGUUCUGACAGCAAUUACUUGCAGACAGUGACAGCCGACUACGACCUAGCCUUUUGGGACGUUAAAUCGUUAUCGCCAGAGAAGAGUCCAAUUGCUAUGAAAGAUGUUAAAUGGUACACGCACAAUUCCACAGUAGGAUUUAUGGUUGCAGGCAUGUGGAACAAUCGUUUCUAUCCGAUGACUUCCCUGAUCAGUACGGCGAGUAGAUCAGCUGCCCAUGAUCUGUUAAUUACCGGUGACACCGAUGGUUAUCUUAGACUGUUUAGGUACCCCUGCCUGAGUCCAAAAGCCGAAUAUAAUGAAGAAAAAGUCUACAGCGGCACCGUGGCGUGCGCGAGGUUCCUCUUUAAUGAUCGGAAUAUCGUAACGGUGGGCGGUACCGAUGCCGCUUUAAUGUUAUGGCAACUCACGGAAGAAUAGCAUAGACCAAAUCCUGUGUAUCUGCCGGCGAUACAGAAUACGAAUCGGUGGCGAAUGGAGAGAAGCGAAGACGAAUCAGAUUUCGAAUCUGAUGGCGAUAGUACGACAUUUGAGGUUUUAAAUUUGCAUUACUAGGCUAAAGGGCGCCGUGAUUGUUGAGCGCCCGAAGAAUGUGAAGAAUACAAUGCUUUAAUUAUAUAAGUAGAUCACACUAAAUUUGUACGAACAAAAUUAAGAUGUUUGCCAAAAAGGUUCCUGUUAAUGUGAACGGCGAUGGACAAUAUCAAUUUCUUGUCUAUGCGGCUCAAUAAAACUAAUAUUUAACUAACCAAAACCAUAUCAAGAUUUUUCGAGAAGCUUUCUGAUUCUAUGAAUGCGGUAGAAAAGCAUUUUCUCUUUCCCAAGGCAGGCGAAGAUCAAUUUGAAUCUGAUUUUGUACUUACGAAAACAUCCAAUAAGAUUGCCACACGGUUAGAGCGCACAAGACAACUUAAAUUUAUUGCAAAUAUAAUUUUCGAAAAGUUCAAUUCGAGUUUCAUUCUUAAAAUUGUGCACACUGUGCCUUCCUAUGCGUACUCGUUGAAAGAGAACUUGUUGACUUGUUGGAAUAAUUGCAUUAAACCUUUUUGUAGUUUUAUAGUAUAGACUAACAUUUUAAAAAAUGUGGGGUCUUUAACGAAUAGGUACGAAAUAUUACACAAUUUUUCAAAAUGAAAGCAGAACUAGAUUAUCGAUAUAAAAAAUUUCAGCCCAGGGAGACGCGCACUACUCAGGACUUGGCGAGAUUAAAAUUAACUGUAGUGGGUUGAUAACAGGUUCACUCAGAAAUUUUAUUAUGUCUUGUUCCAGUUUUUUCAAAAAACCACUGCAGGCAGGAACAUUGUUAUUAAAGUAGUAUAACUACACAAUACAAUUGUACAAUUACCGCAAACAACUUGAAAGUUUUUUUCAGUGCGAUUGGCACAAAUAUGCAGGGUAAUUCAAAUUGUAUUACUAUUAUUAAUACGUUUGUUGUUACAUAGGUAUUUAAGUUGUCGCUUCAACUACGCCAACGUUAAGAAUGUAUUUAUCUAAAUAAACCUCGACUUCUUUGUUCUGAAAAUUUGGCAAAUUAUAUAAUAGUUAUAGUAAUUAUUGGGAGUGCUGGAGCAAAAUCACAAAUCGAUAGUAAUCGUUGUCUUCUCAGGUGUUGAACUGAGUCUUUCUCUUUUCAAAAAUCUCUCUGCCUUAAAACUUCGCUGGUUACCUCAAAUAUUACCUACAAAAUCAGAAAAAAACCCGCCUUCUUCAUUAUACGAACCCGCCUGUCGUUCAGAGAAAACAAUUUGCAAUAACUCUACCUUUCGCUAAAAUAACGGCAACGCAUUAUUUUACCUAUCCUCUUACUUUUUUAGUACCUCAAGUAAUUACGAAGUAUAUAAUAGAUUUUACAGAAAUGUUGGAUAUAUUUUCGUAACGAAACGGAUGCAAAUAAAACAUUAUACGAGUUAAUAAAACCACUUUAGAUGAAAUUAAAUUAGACAAACAAUGUACAGAUAAAAUAAUACCUCAAAAACGCGCAACUGUAUUAUUUUAAAAUUACGAAAAAAUUACCGGUGCCUAAAUGGCCCGAAGAAAAUGUGAGAGAUGGUCUCCUCAAAAGAGCUUUCGGGUUCAUUUAAAAUUAUAAUUAAUUCCAUUUAGUUUAGUUGAUAGAAUGGUGGAGCAGCAGCAACCUAAUCAAUUAAUUUACUUCAAAUUAGAAAGUAAAUAAGAACUAAAAGUUCAGAUUUUCACGAAAUUAUAUAUUAUGACAUGACAAUUGUUUCGACAACACCGUGUCUAUAUAAUGAUUUCUUUCCUUCAGCAAAUAGAUUUUUAUUUAAAUACGUGCAAUCAAUGUGUAAAGCAGACUAUGUUAGGAUCUAUCUAAAAAUGUCACUUAAACCAGUUUUCCAGGUUUGCCUAAAAUAGCUGCGAACCACCCUGUAUAUUCUCUAAUGAGACCAGAAAGUAAUCGAGAGGCGACUAUCUCUCGCACACAUUGAGAAACUGCCAAUAGAUAUACCAUACUUACUAGAUAAAGUAUCUAGAGUUUAGAAGCUUUUUGCAAAAAUAACUAGCUUGUACCAGUUAUUCAUGGAUAUAUAACCUAUAAUAUCCGGGAAUCCAAUGGUUUUUAUAGAACAAUUUGCAAUUGUUGGGAAUCGGAGAUCGGAGAAAAAGUUUAUAAAAUAAUAUUGCAAGCCACCUGAUCUUUUUACACUGUAAGUUUGUUUUUACCAUCGUAUGCUAGUGACGGCUUC